AUGGAGGUCUUCAUGGGAAACCUUCCAGCCGAUCUCAGCGAGACACGGCUGACGAAAGUCAUGACACCCCUCAUGAUGGAGCUGAACAUAACAGACUGGAUGUGCCAGAAGCAACGGAAGAAAAAAUUCGGAACCGUCGCAUUUCUGCGCGUCCAAGACGGCGAGAAGUUCUUGAGACAGCACGGAGAACAGAGUACGGGACUACUGAACCACAGAGGCCAGCCUCGCAUGAGGGCGCGCUUAGUCAUUCUGGGCAGUCAACAGAUCUUUUGCAAAAGAUCGAACCGCGAGAUUGAUAACUUUCUGCUCAAGGCUCUGUCGAAGCAGGCAGAGGACCGCCCCAAUGAAGAACAGAGACCAAACGAGGCUAAGCACCAAGAUGUCGUGUUCGAUACUUAUCAACUCUCGUGCGGUUACUACGACUAUGACCAAGCGAGAGAGCUGGCCUUCUGCCCAGAGAUUGACUGGUCACUUGUCCAAGGCAUCUCAAAGUUUACUCCAGACAAGAUCAUUGUCACAUUUCAAGCCAUGGACGACAACAUCAGGAUCGAGAUACCUUAUCGCAUCAUCGCAGCCAUCCUCACGUGUUCUAAUCCUACCUCGGCGACCUUGACGCUGUGGGAACCACCUCGGCUUUUCUCCACAGCGAAAUCUGACAUCGGAUCAAUCUUGGCAAACUUAAGUAUAUCCGCAUCGGGCCCGCCGGAGCCUACACGCGAGAGGCUCACUGAGCUGCCACAUGAUACUAAGAAGCACUCUGAGAUUAUUGGUCAAUGCCUCAUAUACCGUCUUCAUCUUUACCCGGUAGACUUUCAGAAGAAGGUCAACAAGCUACGGGAAAAGGAUGUGUUGCCAAUCUCAUCACACGGAUUUCCUGCUUCUACUCUCGCGAACCCCGGCUUUCCGGAAGGGCUGAAGGCGUUCAAUCAAACUGUGUCAGAGCUUCUGGAUCCUCUACAGUUUGGCAUACUUUUCCAAGUUCAAGCUCUUGUUCAAAAUGGAUACUUGCUUCCUUGGAAAGGCAAAGAUCUACUGUUGCGGCUAUACACAGCAUCGAAGGUGGGUAAACCAUCAGGCAGCGUCGGGAGGUGUAAUGGAUCAUCCAAGGUUGUCCUGGUCUCCCCACUGGCGAUCAAAAAGCUCUUUUCUCAGAUUCCAUUUCCGGCACCUGAUAUCGAUGCAUCCACCUUUGACGUGGACGAAAUCGUUCGGUAUAUUGAGGCGAAUGAGAAGGAGAUUCAGUUAAAUCUCACUAAAGAACUCGUCUCAGAAAAGGCCCGCAAUAAUCUCACCAUGGUCUACAAAGUACAGGUUACUCCGACUUCUGUGACUCUGCAUGGUCCAGAGGCCGAAGCGAAAAAUCGCAUUUUGAGAAGAUUUCACGACCAUACUGAUUGCUUCACUCGCGUCCAAUUCUGCGACGAAGACGGACAGGAUGUAUUCUUCAACCCUAGACUAUCGUACGACGCUGUGUACCAGCGGUUUCUCGAUAUUUUAAACAAGGGCAUCCUCAUUGGCGGCAGAAAGUUUGACUUUUUGGGUUUCUCUCACUCUUCGCUCAGAAGCCACGCAGUGUGGUUUAUGGCGCCUUUCUACAACUCGUCAGGAUUUCACACCUAUUUUUCAGUCAUAAAGAAUCUGGGAGACUUUGGGAAUAUCUACUCGCCAGCCCGCUGUGCAGCCAGAAUCGGUCAAGCAUUUUCCGAGACGCCGUUCGCCAUACCGUUAGAGGAGAAUCGUAUCAAGCCAUGCAUCAUCGAGGACAUUUGGUCGAAGGACAAGAAGAGGAGAUUCACAGACGGCGUUGGAAUAAUAUCACAGGAGAUCGUUGAUGUUAUCCAAACUGCAAUGCCACAGCGCAAAGAUGCGACAUGCUAUCAAAUCCGCUGGGCCGGCGCCAAGGGCAUGCUCGCAUUGGAUGCGAGCCUCGAUGGAAGAAUAAUGGCUGUUCGCCAAUCCAUGGUAAAGUUUGAGAGCCAAGACAAAGCGAACUUGGAGAUCUGUGACCAGGCGAGCAAGCCAAUUCCACUAGUCCUCAACCGGCAAAUGAUCAAGAUACUUGAAGACAUGGCUGUGCCUGCUGAGUGGUUCCUGGGCGAGCAGGACAAGGAGCUGAACCGGCUCAGAAGGAUUACUUCCACCACUUACAACACCACAGCCUUUCUGAAACGACAGAAAGUUGCUGACCAAGUCGGACUUCCGAGACUCCUGCGCCGGCUGGAGCUGAUUGGCCUUGACUACAAAAAGGACCGUUUCCUCUGCUCUGUUGUAGAAGCAGUGGUCCUGCGGGAGCUGAGACUUCUCAAACAUAAGGCCAGGAUCCCUAUCGAAACGGGAGUCACCCUUUUCGGCAUUGUUGAUGAGACCGGAUUUCUAGAGGAAGGAGAGGUUUACAUCACAUUUGAGAAAACUGACGUGGUACAAACCGAUUACCUCCUUUUCGACGAACGCGAGAUGAUUGUAACUCGAUCUCCCGCUCUACACCCCGGCGAUAUCCAGAUGGCAACCAACAGGGUACCCCCUACGAGUCACCCGCUGCGAUUCCUCAGAAACUGCAUUGUGUUCUCCCAAAAAGGAACCCGAGACCUGCCAUCUCAGCUCAGCGGCGGCGAUCUCGACGGUGAUAUAUACAACAUCAUCUGGGAUAGCUUUGCGGUCGGGAAAUGUAAAAGAGUCUUCGUGCCGGCAGACUAUCCACUCGUGGAGCCCAGAACUCUCAACCGACGCGUAGAGCGGGAGGAUAUGACGGCUUUCUUCGUCGAAUUUAUGAAGACGGACAACCUGGGGUUGAUCGCCGUGAAGCACAUGAUUCUGGCUGAUCAGAAGGAUGCUGGAACCGUAGACCAAGGCUGCCAAUUACUGGCUAAACUGCACUCGACGGGAGUAGAUUACUCCAAGACGGGAGUACCGGUGAGCCUAGAGACACUAAGGGCUAUUAAGACCAAUCGAUACCGGCCAGACUUCUUAGCCCCUGCCCCACCCACUCACUUGCAGAAUAGAUCCGAGAUUAUCUUCGAGGCGCCGACGGGUCCCGCCGCCGAUGAGGAUGACGAGGAAGACUCAAGACCUCGUUACCAGUACUACCGCUCUGAGAAGAUCCUCGGGCAGUUAUUCCGCGCUAUUGAUGAGAAGAAGAUUUGGAACGAGAACGUUCAAAUCAAGCACCGAAAGGGUGCCCAAGGCGAACUUUGGACUGGUUUCAUGUCUUAUGUCACUGAACAAUGCGAACAGAAGAUUGGUGACAUUGCAUGGACGAGAUGUGUGGACGAGGCCUGGAACAUCCGGCAUGCCUACGAAGACGCCAUCACCGCCGCCUGCGUAGAAUACUCCGAGCAUGCGUCCAAGACAAUCACCGAGCUCGAGGUCUUCACCGGCAACAUCUUCAACAAGUUGGGUGUGCAGACCCGGCGGCAGAGAGACCGCUCAUCGCAGCUCAAGGACGAGUUCGCCCGCAUCGCGCAAUGGAUUAAGGCUCUGAUUACUAAGCGGGCCAUGGCGGAGGUCCGUGUUGAUGACGAAGACCAGGAUUACGAUGUUGGCGCCGAGGAGCAUGGCGGUGCCUCGGCGUCGACGGCCUUGGAGCUCAGCAUCGCGUGUCUGCACGUUGGUUGUGUCCAGGAACAGGGUAAGCAGAGCAACAGCUGGGACAGGUCAUCGCACGGAGGUGACUACCAGAGCUUCAAGGCUUUGGCGGCUUGUUGUCUCGUCAAGGAGCUCGACCUUGCCACCAAGCAGGCUGAGAUCAGGAAAGGUACUGCUAUCGUGGCUGGCGGCUAUGUUGGUGUCAGCAGUGGACAUACAUGA